UGAGAUUGUGAAAUUUCAAAAUGGCGUAUAAUAAGCUCAAUAGGCAAGUCACGGAGACAAAAAACUAGUUUAUAAUUAAGUAAACUUUGCAGAGCUUGAUUUUUAGUUGAAACUGCGUAUUUGGCAGUCAGGAUUAUGCCGCAGGUCGUGUGUCAUCUAGAAUUACUGGCAGAUUAACGUGUGCUGUUUGCUGUCAUAAUGCAUGAAAUUGUGCUGGCUGUUUUUUCUGUAAUCUCCAGUUUAAUAAUUGUUUUUGUCCUCGUAUUGUUGGGAUGGUAUCUUGUUUGGAAAUUUUUUCUGUCAAGAUUUCGAUUUGUCCGGGAGCUUCUCGGUGGCAUGAGUGAAUCAUCUUCUGUUCAUGAUUUAAAAAACGGUCGAUCACGCAUCAAGAAGCUUCGACGAGACUAAAUAGGCUACAAAUUAAGCUUAAAUAAUUUAAUUUUUUACUCAGGGUAUAGUCUAAGCUACUUAGUUAUCUUAUCAUGGCGAUCAAUAUACGCUGCGCAAAUACCAACGAUCUUCUUAAUAUACAACACUGUAACCUUCAGUGUCUACCAGAGAAUUAUCAAAUGAAAUAUUAUUUGUAUCACGCACUAUCCUGGCCACAGCUGAGCUACGUUGCUGAAGAUGAGAAAGGUCGAAUAGUCGGUUAUGUUUUAGCUAAAAUGGAAGAGGAUUCAGAAGUUAAUCCUCAUGGUCAUAUCACAAGUUUAGCUGUUAAACGAUCACAUCGAAGACUUGGAAUAGCUCAAAAAUUGAUGAAUCAAGCAUCACGUGCAAUGGUUGAAUGUUUUGAAGCUAAUUAUGUAUCGUUACAUGUUAGACGUAGCAAUAGAGCUGCAUUGAAUUUAUAUACGAGCAGUUUACAAUUUGAAGUGUCAGAAGUCGAGCCCAAAUAUUAUGCCGAUGGUGAAGAUGCUUAUGCAAUGAAACGAGAUCUUAGCAGCUUUCAUCAAGAAAAGAAUGCAGCUAAAGAAACUAGUAUGAUAAAAGUACCAAAUGCUGCAGCUACGAAUCCAUGUAAAUGUUCGUAUAAAAAUAUGUGAUCAUUCUUCGUUAAAUGUCAACGAAUUCUUCUGUAAUACUAAUUGAGAAUGAGAAGAGAAAGACGAUAAAAUUAUUGCCAAUGUUGUUGAUGGGAUAGGUAAAUAUAUUUCAUCGAUAAUAAAAUACUUUUAAGGAAAUAUUGAUUUUUGUAAAUGAUUAAAAAAAAUUCUUUUUCUUCAAUUACAUUCUCAUCAUCAUAUUAUAUUUAUUAAAU